GUGGACCCGUUGACAGUUUGUUGAAGAAUCAAGAAAGGAACGGAACGGACAAGGAACCCAAGACCGACAGACUGGGAAGAAGCUCGACUGAGAAGGAGUCGAAGCGGCAAGCAAUCGGAAAACCUUCUCAUCUAUUUGCAUUGCGAAUUGUAAUCUAUUUGCUUUUCACUUGUGCAACGCUUCCCCAGAAUCGGAAUUUGAGAUUGUUUCUAUCACUAGGUGCUCAUGUAUGACAAAGUGUAACUACAGCAUUCGACCUGAAGAUCAUGGAUUUCCUAGUUGGAGCUUUCAAGCCACCAUGUAAUGUUUCAAUCUCAUUUGCUGACGCAAGAACUCGCAAACAGGUUCCGUUGAAGAAGGACAAUGGCCAAACUGUCAUGGUUCCUCUCUUCCAAAGUCAAGAAAACAUCAUUGGGGAGGUUCUUGUAGAACCAACUCAAGGGAAGAAAUUUGAACAUAAUGGUGUUAAAAUUGAGCUCCUUGGCCAAAUAGAGCUAUAUUUUGACAGAGGAAAUUUUUAUGAUUUUACAUCUCUUGUGCGUGAACUUGAUGUCCCUGGUGAAUUAUAUGAAAGGAAAACAUACCAAUUUGAAUUUUCUACUGUUGAGAUGCCACAUGAAUCAUACAAUGGAAUCAAUGUUAGGCUAAGGUAUAUUUUGAAAGUGACAAUUGGUCGAAAUUAUAUCAGCAACAUUGUGGAGUGCCAGGAUUUUGUGGUUCGCAACUACACACCGUCUCCAUCAAUCAAUAACAGCAUCAAGAUGGAGGUUGGAAUCGAGGAUUGUCUACACAUUGAGUUUGAGUAUGGUAAAAGCAAGUAUCACCUAAAGGAUGUCAUCAUUGGCAAAAUAUAUUUUCUUUUGGUGAGAAUCAAGAUUAAAAAUAUGGAGCUCGAGAUUAGGCGUCGGGAGUCAACUGGAUCGGGGCCCAAUACAUAUGUUGAAACAGAGACCCUUGCGAAAUUCGAGUUGAUGGAUGGUGCUCCUGUUAGAGGAGAAUCUAUUCCAAUCAGACUUUUCCUCAGUCCAUAUGAACUGACACCGACAUAUCGCAACAUCAACAACAAAUUUAGUGUGAAAUACUACUUGAAUCUUGUUUUUGUGGACGAAGAAGAUCGGAGGUAUUUCAAGCAGCAAGAAAUCACAGUCUAUCGGUUACUCGAAAGUUAAACUACUUCAAUUUUGAGCUCAAAUAUUCCACCGUGUGAAACAGGCAGCACACUAUGGCUCCAUCUAGUGGGAUUCUUGUGUGGUUCUUUUCAGGAGUUGGUGGAUUCAUCUUCAUGAGCUACUCCUGUGACUUGCAAUUUUAACAAGGUUGCUGUUUGGCUUUGCUUUUUCUUGAUAAUCAAACACAUGAAAUGACAGCAUUAACUCCAAAAUCUUGCCUUCUUUUGCUUGUGUCUAAAAUAAAUAUUUUUGAGUUUGGGUCAUAGAUUUGUGAUUUACACUGCCAUUGUAUCAUUUCAUUUUUCAAUUUAAAUAUAUGGAGCCCCUUUGUGUAUAUUGUAA